GGGGCGGGCCCGGGGCGGGGCCGCAGCGCCAGACGGCGCCUCAGGGCCGGGCGGCGCCUCCGCGGCCGCUGCUCCGCGGCGCUUCCCGGGCGGAGCGGCCGCCGGGGCGGCCCGCAGCGGGUAAACACCGCGGGUAAACACCGCGGGUAAACACAGCGGGUAAACACAGCGGGUGGACGCCGGGAACCCCGCGGCCCCUCAGUGAUACAGGAUGCUGUUUCCUUUGGUGUUCUGUGCAGUUGUGCUGAUAGGGAGCUGUAAAGUUCAAGAAGAUGAAUGGAUUGACCCCACAGAUAUGCUCAAUUAUGAUGCAGCGUCAGGAACAAUGAGAAGACCUUACAAGCCAAACUACCAUGGCUCUGAGGAAAAGGCUGAGGAUACACUCAGUACUGAAAUCUCACGUUGUUCCAGGGUAAUAGAUUCCUUGCAAGCAAAGAUUGCAGAGUGUGAGAAGAGGAAUGCCAAAUCACACGAGAGCCGCAGCUUUUAUAUUUUUAAGCGAUACUUGAAUAAGAUUUUAAAUGAAGCUGGAAAACUUGGCCUUCCUGAGGAAAAUGUGGGCCAUGUCCAUUACGAUGCUGAGAUCAUUCUUACGAGACAGACGUAUCUGGAGAUCCUCAGGUUUGUCAGUGAGGAAGCCUGGCAGCCAGGGGCCCUGGAUGAGGCCCUGAGUGAUAUUCUGAUCAAUUUUAAACACCAUGAUGAUCAAGCUUGGCAGUGGAGAUUUGAGGACGCCUUUGGAAUUGAUCUAUAUAAUUUGUUUCUGCUACUCUUGUGCUUACUGUGCAUUGUGAUGGUAAUAGCUACAGAGAUCUGGACACGAAUUCUUUGGUUUGUUCAGCUGAAACGUAUUUUAUUAAUAAACUUUUUCAUCAGUUUUGCAUGGAAUUGGCUUUACUUGUAUAAGCUGGCCUUCGCUCAGCACCAGGCUGACAUCGCCAAGAUGGGCCACGUCGACAGCGUCUGCGUGGAGAAGCUCGACUGGCGGGGAACGCUCUUCGAAUGGCUUAGAAGUACAUGGACGUUUCAGGAUGAUCCCUGUCAGAAGUAUUAUGAAACUCUGCUUGUCAAUCCUAUUUUGUUGGUUCCACCAACAAAGGCCUUGGCAAUAACUUUCACCAACUUUGUAACCGAGCCUUUGAAGCACGUAGGACAAGGAAUUGGUGAAUUCAUCAAGGCACUUAUGAAGGAAAUACCAUUAAUUCUGCAGGUUCCAGUGCUCAUUAUGAUGGCUCUGGCUGUCCUGGCUUUUUGCUAUGGUGCAGGAUCAUCAGUGUCUGCAUUAAGAUACUUAACAUCUUCUCAGAGGAGAAGUCUUCCUCUGCCUGCGGGUGAGCAGGAGCGAGCUGCCUUGGGGCACCACAAUGGGAGGACAGCAGAGGAGUCUCACGUGCAGCAGCAUCUGUCUGUCCCCAGGGGCCACCAGGACAGAGGGGACGCCUCCACGAGGCCUCUCCCUACGGUGAGAGCGGGCAGUGGCAGCAGGAGCGCCGAGCCGGAGGCACAGAACAGGUUGCACACUGAAUCUGAAGUUCAUAGACUUGAAACUCUCCAAGCUGAAAACCUUACUGAAGAAGCUGCACUUGAGCAGCAAAAACGGGAGACGGGUAAAGCAGAAGGAGAGACUGGAGAAAACUGUGACCCUAAUAAAAACCUAGAAGGGAAAAGUUCUGCCAUGGAACCAUGUGAAGAGAAGAAAAAGAGCGUUUUACAUGACUCCCAGGAAAGAGACUAAGGAAGACCCAGGCUCUGCUGUGGAGUAGAGGAUGUUGCCGCUGAAGCAGCUGCGAGUCUGUUCUUCUCCUGGAAGCAGCACCUCUGGUCAUCCAUCCUGUUACUCUGGAACCGACUCAGCAGAUCAAAGAAGCCUUCGUCUGCCACUGUCUCACGACUGCUUUUCUGAAAAGGAGAAGAGUUAGGGUAUUUGACCUCACAGUGCCUACGGGCUGGGACAACUGCAUCAGAGUUUCAGUCCAGUAACGUGUUUGAUAUUUACAUAUCUGAAAUUUAUUAAAUGAUUUUUUUUAGUCAGCCAUUUCUAUAAACAGAUCUAUCACAGGAGGAAAUGCUAAUAAUGCUAGGGGAGCACUUUUUAGGAGAGUGGACUAUAUUAGAAAUGUUCUGUUCUCUGAAAUGGAAAGAAACAGUGCUCUGAUCAUGGUACAAUGGGAGCUACUCCUCAGCCAUUAUCCAACAAAACCUCAAAUGCCCAUGAGAGGAAAAAGAAACAAGAGCAGCAAUGAACAGUUGCCAUUGUCUUCUCAGGUCUAUGACCAAAUGACUCAGUUCUUCCAUUUUGAACUGACUUCUCAAGAGUGUAAUAGCCUAAAAAGUAUGUCCAAAAUCUCUCCCACUGCCUGAAUCAGAAAAACUAGAUUUUGUUAUGUUUGGAGAAGUGGGGUCUGGAAGAGACUUAGAAAUAAACUUGAUUUGCAAGCUGA